AUGCAUUACAUCCGCCUGCUGCGUCCGGCCAAGCUCGACGGGAGGAAGCCAAUCGUCUCGCUCCUGAUUACCAUCACCACGGACUUGGGUGACUCAUUCCUCUACCCGGACGAGCCUGUUGAUCUGCUCGUCUCGGCCGACGACCCGCUCGGCCAGUCCGUCAUAUCGAAGGCGGACCAGGGCCAGCCGUUUCGAUGGACCGCGGGCAUGCGGGUCUUGGAUAUCAAGCUUCCCGUGCGUGCGCAUAUGAGGAGCGAUGAUGUCACGUGUACCAUCAAAAUACAUCCGGCUACCCAGCCUCUACCGUCGGGGGCGUUGAGAAGUAAAGAUGUACUUCCGUGGCGCAUUGGCGAAAGCUCUUCCGCUGGCUGGGGGCUCAUCAUGCCGGUGUCCGUGGAGGUGGUAAGGGGUAUUUGCUCGCCGGUUUCUUUGCGGACGCUUCAACUAGACACCGGUUCUCAGCCCGAGGAUCAACUCAACCUAAACCUCGAACUAGAGGAAGAUAUUGGCGAGAGUAUCGCGCGCCACAUAUGGGACGCGGGUGUAGUGACAGCCUCCUUUCUUGCAGACGCUUGCCGUACCAGGGAAGGUGUCCGCGAUAUCCUGCCUAUACGACGUGGCGUUUUUAGCGUCUUGGAACUUGGCUGUGGCGUCGGUAUUCUUGGGAUUACGUUGGCGCUUAUCAUUGAGAAGGCUGCCGCUGCUCAGGGCCAGGUGCUGGGUAAGACUACCGUGUUACUAACGGACCUGGCAGAGGCAGAAGAGCGCGCGAGGUCGAAUAUUUCUAGAGCGGAAAAGGUGCUCUCUCGCCUACCUACUCCUUUCUCUACAGUGUCACUUCAAUACGAGAAUUUGGAUUGGGAUGACGGUAAACAUGGGCAAUUCGGACCCCUGGCAUCUGCUCAGCCAUGGGAUCUAAUUAUCCUUAGCGACUGCACGUACAAUGUCGAUUCGUUGCCGGCGCUUGUCGGUACACUAAGCGCUCUUCACACGGCGAAUCUCAGACACAACGAGAGCCAGGCAGAUACCAAGACCUUGGUCAUCCUAGCGACGAAACCUCGCCAUUCUUCUGAGCAAGCCUUGUUUGGAUUAUUGAAAGCUGAUGAAUGGAGAUAUAGUGUUCUCAAAUCUAUUCCACUGCCGAAGCUAGGUGACGACGAUGAGGUAGUCGAUAUAUAUUUGCUAGAAAAGGGUGACGAGAAGGUGUAG